AUGCUUGCUAGCUAUAUUGCUGACACCCCUGAAGCAAUGAUGCUGGCAUGCAUUGGUGGCAAGACAUCUCCAGUGACAAUGGCAAUGUACAAACAAUUCAGGGACCCCUUCCAGCAUGAACCCUGGACUCGAGCAAAAACUCUUGAGCAAUUGAAAAUUGUGCGCUCACGUGCUUGUCCAGAUGAUCUUGAAGCAUUUUUCCGUGAGGCACAGAAGUUUUGCCUAAAUGGCGUGGAUGAACCAUUUUGGUGGGACUGGUUGCUAGCAGAACCGUCCCGGUUUUUACACCCAAAUCGCUUCACCACAUUCACAAGGAGUUUUGGGAUCAUGAUGUGCAAUGGAUUAUUCUUGCAGUGGGAAAGUAUCUCAAAACUUAAGCAGGUUACAGGCCGUUGUCACCGAGAUGUCCAGCAUUCAAUUAUUGCAGUCAGUGCGGAUGCAGCACCUCCCGGUGUUGUUGUUGCUUCGCCAUCUAUUGAUGAUAGGGAUCUUACUUGCAUCACAGCCGCACUGGAUGAGUUCCAUGCGAACAAGCACACGAUCAUUGCUGCUGGUGUCCGCCAGGGCAAAGGUGGUAAAGUUAUCAACAACUGGCAUAUUCCAAAACUCAAGCUUAUGCAGAGUAUUGUCCCCAGUAUCCGCAACUCCAGCAUCAUUGCACAGUGGUCUGCGGAUGUCACUGAACAUGUGCACAUCACCGAGGUCAAAGACCCCACAAGAUCCAGCAACAACAACAAUUAUGACCCACAAAUCUAUCACUCGGAGGACCCGGGAGUUGUUGGGGAGGAAUUUGUCGAGGAUGACGAAAUCGAUUAUUACAUGGAUGACAUUCCUGCAGAGCUACUGUCCCCAACUCGAAGACCUGGACGGCCUCGUCCUAUCACAGAUUACUUUUCAAUCGCCAAAAUACUCCAACAGAAGGAAGUUGGAUCAGUACCUGUACCACUUCGUUCUUUUGUUGUCAGACGCACCACUCUUCAUCUUGCUUACAAUCCAUCCAUCAAGAAUACCACUGUCCAUGAAGUUGCCAUCAUGUUCAGCCUUCCUGACUUGCGACCUGCUAUUGCUGAUUUUCUUUACCGUGAAGCGACCUACGGUAGUCACAUUCACUCGAUAGGUGGUCCUAGAAGGGCUGUGCAUGACACCAAGCUCCCAUUUGACAAAGUUCAAGUGUGGUUUGAAGUUCGUUUGCAGGAGACCGAGUUUCAUGAUCCUCAUAUCAUUCGACCUGCUCAAACACUUAAUUGUGCACUGCCUAGUGACCCUUGGACAUUAGAUCAUUAUGAUACAGUUAUCAUUCAGACCAGCUCAGGGCACUCCUGGCCUGCCAGCGGCCUUUCAGGUACAUUCUUUCUGUUUUUCAUGGUAAUCUUCACUAAGCCAAAUAAUGAUCCCCUGCAGGGCACUCCAUUGCACAAAUUAGGCUUGUCAUUCGCCCUGUUGGCAAAAGCAAGACACGAUGGGCAUGGGACGAUCAGUACUUAA